AAUCAGGGACAGCUGUCUGUCGUUGUCUCUGAUUGGGAACCAUACUUAGGUACCCUUUUUCUCACCAGUGUUUGUGGGAAGUUGUCUUUCUUUCUGGCACUUAGCCUUAAGCGUCACGGUUUUGUUUUGUAGUGUGUAUUGUUUUGUUCUGUUCGGCGUCUUUUGUUAAUUAAAGAACAUGUACGCUCACCACGCUGCACCUUGGUCCACUCCUUCCAUUGACCGUGACACUUCAUGAGUAAGUAAGACUGUAGUCAGUUCAGAGACUGGGGCCAUGUUUACUGAAACUAAUGCAUGUUGGAGUAUACUUUUCACGGUCCAGAUCAGAGACGGGAAAGUCCGUGGUCUUACCUUUCAAGAGCCUUAGCGCAGCUCCACAGCUACACCCUCACAGGUAAUGAAAAACUGCAGUGAACAGAUGUUUAUUCUAGAGCUGAAAGUAGAAAUACAGUUUCCUCAGUGAAUAUCUGAAGUCAACCUGUGUGAAACUGCUAUUCUACACUAUGUGGAAACUAAACCCAGAGAAUGACCUGUUUAAGGUGAAGCAGUUGGUUGGGGAGCAGUUCACCCGUUUCGACCGCCUCUUGCUCCAGUCCACUCUGGACUGCAUGGCUGAUGUGAUGUACUGCCCUCGCAAGACCUAUCUGUCUUAGGACCUACCACGGCUUCUCCAACUGUCAACUGAGGGCACUCCUGACCUCAGGCUCUAACUCAGCUGCUGAGUCAUCCUUACCUCUGGCAGAGUGUAAGAGAACCAUUCAGUCUGGGCUCCAGGGCCUAUGGCAAGACUAUGCCUCAGGCAGUCAGGAGAGAAAGUUCCUGGAAAACUGCUUUUGGGUCAGAACAGCAAAAAAUGCUCAUCCUGCUGUGCCAACAUACAGAAGAAUGGUGGCUGCAACAAGAUGGCCUGUUUCAGUGAUUGGAAUGUCCACAGUGCAAGGUGUUCUACAUUGGACGGUCAAAGAGACGCCUUCAAGACCGCUUAGCAGAACACAAGUACGCCAUAUAGGAUCUCUGUCCUAUUGGUGCGAUGGCCUUCUCUCUUCUGGCUAUCCUGAUAUUAUCUCUCCAUGCUCUCCCAUCCAUUGGCUGUCCAGUGGGAUGUCGCUGCUACAGCCUGACUGUGGAGUGUGGCUCUACGGGCCUCCGGGACAUCCCCUCACACGUCCCAGCUUCUACACAGACCAUCUUCCUUCAGGACAAUGCUAUCGGGCAGAUCCGUCUGUCAGACCUCUCCCAGCUGGGCCGUCUGCACUACCUGUACCUGCAGAACAACAGUAUCUCAGCACUGGAACCCGGGGCCUUCCAGAGCCAGGGUCAGCUUCUGGAGCUGGCCCUCAACGGGAACCGCAUCCACCUGGUCACAGCAGACAUGUUCAGGGGCCUGGAGCACCUCCGCAUCCUCUACCUGGCAGGAAAUGACAUCACUCGCCUACAGGACUAUACCUUCAGAGGCCUACAGCGUCUUCAAGAGCUUCACCUGCAGCAGAAUAGCAUUGAGAUUCUGGGAGACCAAGCUCUAGUUGGUCUGUCCUCUCUGGCCCUGCUUGACCUCAGCCGGAAUAACCUGCACACCAUCGGCCCUGCCACCCUGCGGCCCCUCGUCAGCCUGCAGGUGCUGCGUGUCACAGACAAUCCUUGGCGUUGCGACUGUGCCCUGCACUGGCUGCGCAGCUGGAUCGAUGAGGAGGGCCAGCGCCUGCUGAGCUCGGCCGAGCGGCGCCUUGUCUGUUCUGAGCCACCCCGCCUCUCCCACCUCAGCCUGGUGGAGGUGCCUCUUAACAGCCUGGUGUGCAUCCCCCCUCUGGUUCAGCUGGAACCCCGCCGCCUGGCCGUGCGCCUAGGGGAGAGCAUGCGCGUCUCCUGCCAUGCAUCUGGUUACCCCCGGCCGCAGGUCACCUGGAGGAAGGCUUCCCAGGGUAAGGUGCAGCUCUCCCCCCGGGGGCUGGUGCAGGACCUGGGCGGUGUAGGGACUGUGGGGGCUGAGGAUGCAAUACAUCCAGCUGCAGGACGAGUGAGACUCCAGAAGGAGGAUGGGGAGCGCUUCGAUCCAGACACUGGCAGUGGGAUGCUGUUCCUUAGCAACGUGACAGUGGCUCAUGCCGGGCUGUAUGAGUGCGAAGCCUGGAACGCUGGAGGGGUGGCCCGUGUGACCUUUCAGCUCGCAAUCAACUCUUCGUCCUCGUCCAGUUGGUCCCCUGCCUCCUACGCUCCAUCCUGGCCUCGUCUGCGCUCCAAUCGGCCGACGUCGUCAGAUGUGAGUCGAGAGCCCUUGUACGCCCUUGGCAGCAUGGCCUUCAGCGCACUGGGAGCUGCUACUCAGACUGCCAUCGCCAUAGGGAUCUCCCUGCUGGCCCUCACAGCUCUUCUCCUGGUGGCUAUGAUCUACAGCCGACAACGCCAUCGGCAGAAGGACACAGAUGACAAGGAGGAAAGCAUCCUGUAUGUCAAUGAUUACUCGGACGGACCAACAACCUUUGCCCAGCUGGAGGAGUAUCGGGAUGAGCGCGGGCACGAGAUGUAUGUUCUGAACCGGGCUAAACCCGUCCUCCCACCUUCCACCACAGCCACUACCACCACUCUGGGGUACCAACAGCAGGAAGCACUGUCUCCCACAAAGCCCCAGAUAGAGCCGGAUAUACGGACAAUGAGAAGGAUGGCAGGGGAGGGCGGGGAGGCAGAGCCGGUGACAGCCGAGUCGGAGGGCUUGUUUCUGAAUCACACAGGCUUGUUCCUCGACUCACAAAUUGCAUAUGAGAUCCACUGCUGAAGGCCCCUAGGACGACGUUCACAAUGAGCUAGUCCAGAGUACUUAAUGUCACUUGGUGACCAAACCUCCAGACUGCAAUGAGGGUUCAGAUGAAUCAUAAAUCCUGAUUGCUCUUGCUCCAGAGUGACAAGUUUGAGCAGCAGUACGAUAUAAAGACAUGGCAGGAGACAUGCCUCCCUCAACCAAAACCCCCACUGUACUAUACCUUAAUGUGAUAUGAGAAAAUUAGUCCUUUGUCCAGCUUGAACAUAUACUGUAGCUACUAUAGUAAGUAUGGAGAACCAUUUCAGUGGACUGAGUAAUGUAUGGUGGAGAGACCUUUAUUGUGACACUUCUGCUGUUUAUAAAAAGUUAACUGAAAUAGGGGCCUAAACAGGCUCACCUGGUUGGACUCUGAGAGGUUUAGAAAUGUAAGAGAAAGGUGUAUCAUAAGUCUAUAAGAAAGGAGUACUUUGUGGCAGAAUACUGCUGACCAACCCGAAUCCCUCCAUCCUACAGCAAGUUACUUCCAAAGAUUUCAUCAAUCAAACAACGGUAUACAGUCAGUAAAACAGGCUCUCUCCCCUUCAGGUUCAGUUAAUUUCAUUAGGUUGGUGACUAUAUGCACAUAUGCAUGAAUUGAAGAUAAGGAGAUGUAUUACAUUUGCAGGCAGUACCAUAAAUCAGUCAUCUCCUUUAACUUUAAAAUAAUAAUUUUUGAAAUAUAUGAAAGUACUGUUGGGCUUAGCUUUAUGGGAAUAUUUUUGUCGCUUGUACCUCAACAUGUUUUUUAGUUUACCAAACAAGGUAAACCUAAUGUGAUUCAAUGUGUGUGUUUUUCUCAUGAUCAAGUGUUUCAAUAGCCUUUAGCUUACUGUGUUUGCAGUAUACCUCAGCAUAUGUAUUGGUUUCAAUGGAAUCUGGUAAAAUGUCUGUGGUCCAGCACAAGAUUACAGUAGGUUUUGGUGUGUGACAUAUGCUGCAUACAUAUUUGCAGUGCAUUGUUGUAUGUCACUCAGUUGGGACUAUUUUCUGAAAUUCCACCAGGAACUACCAAAUCCACAACAAUAUUAGCCCUCAUUCAAACUGUGUUUUUGCCAUUCAGAUGUUGAAAGGUAUUUGUUUGAAAGAGGAAGUGCAGUGGACCCCAGCGCAAGCUUCCCCCAACAGCUGUAGGCUACAGGGAAAGAGUCUGGUAUCCCAUUGGAUGCUGGACAUUGUUGUGUUUGAGGCGGAACAGUGAUAAAAGCAAUACAGUCUAGAAUUAAAACACUCUAUUGUCCUACCCAGAUUGUCACUGUAAAACUGCAUUUCAAGCUUUUAGUUUAAUUUCAGAUAUUUUGAAUACUUUUAUUUUAAAAUUAUUUAUUUGUGGUUUGUAUUGACAUACAGUUGAAGUCGUAAGUUUACAUACACUUAGGUUGGAGUCAUUAAAACUUGUUUUUCAACCACUCCACAAAUUUCUUGUU